CUAUGUGUUUGUAAAGGAAAUGAAUAAAUUAAAACAAUUCCAAUCAACUGUAAAUAAAAAACAUAUUUAGUUAAGUGUUUAGAUAUGUAUUAAUACAUUCUUUACAGAUUAGGUAUUUCAGGUAGAAAUAAUGUGAAAGUAGUACACUUUUUAUUUAAAUGUCACGCUUUCACGGUUCAUUACAUUUUAUGGUCAAUAACUCUAAUACUUUUGAAACUAGGAAUUAUUUACAUUUAUAGAUACAAUGAAACAUAAUAAAUAUGUACUUACAAUGCAUGUUAUGUUGCACAUUGUUUCUCAAAAGAAAGCACAAACUGAACUGCAGCUCUUUAUUCUAUGAAGCAUAUUUAGCUAAAACCUGGAACUUUCCAAUAUCCCCACCAAGUAUUCUGCAAACAUACAAGCAUACAAGCAUUUCUUACUUUAUAAAGGAUGAGGAAAUGUCAAUUAAAAUAGAAACAAUCUCAUUAGUCUUUCAUAUAAGUUCAAAUAACAUUAUAAUUGACAGUGACUGUUUAUAUAAGGAGUUUUACAGAUCAGAAUAUAUAUUAUGGGUCACAAACGCAUUUCAAUCAGUAGAUGGCAAAAUGAAGUUUUGUUUUCCAGUUUUAUUUGCUCUUAUUUUGAUAUCAUGUCUUCAUCUUGGUGUAGCACUAAGAUGUCAGUCAAUUAAUCAACAAACUGAUCAGUUUGAAAGAAUCUUAAAAACUUGUAGAAAACGAAAUUUAGGACAUAAUAAUUAUGAUACUGAUUCUUCUUCAAAUGAAAGUAAUGAAUCAGAAGAUUCUUCUGACUCAAAUGAAGAUAGUUUUGAUAACAAAUUUCUUGUAAGAAAUAAUAGUAGAUAUUAUACUAAUGAUUUUUUAAAUGAGCAAAAUAAUAGAAACAAUAAAGCUCAUCAAUCUACAAGAAAUGGUAAUCCCCAAUCUUUUGGUUCUAAUAAUGUCAAUGAAAGAUUGAAAAAUGUAGAUUACUAUGAUACAAAUAAUUGGGGAAUGACAAAUUCUAACUGGGAAAAUAUGAGAAAUACUGGAAGUAAUCACAAUUAUCAAGAGAAUCAUAACCAAAAACAAAAUGAUUCUUGUAUUAUUCAAUGUUUUUUCAACGAAUUAAAUAUCAUUGAUCAAAGAGGUUUUCCAAUACAAGAAUCUAUGAUACGUGUAAUGACAGAAAGAAUCCAGGAUCCAGAAUUACGUGACUUUAUAGAAGAAUCCAUUAUAAAAUGUUUUCAGUUUCUUAAUUCUGUGAAUAGAAUGGAAAAAUGUGAAUAUUCGCAAAAUUUACUUACCUGUUUAAUAGGAAAAGGCAAAGAACAAUGUGAAGAUUGGAACAUAUAAUUGAUUUUCACCAUCUUUAGAUUUUAGAAUUUGCACCAAUUUCUUCAAUGUACAAUAUUAUUAUAAUAAUUAUUAAAAGCAAAAAAAAAAUGAUAAACAUAUUUUUA